AUGGCUGAUAAAUAUAAAAAUGUUCGUGUACCAGGUUCAAAUGAUAAUGUUUAUAAAGAUGAAUGUCUUUAUUCAUUUGAUAAUCCAGAAUCUGAACAUGGUCUUUACAUUUGUAUGUCAACAUUUCGUGGAGUAGGAAAAGAUCAUCUUGAACGACAUUGUAAAAUGAAUCCAGGAAAAAAUGUUUUCUUACAUAUUUUACGAAAACGUAAACCAGUACCAGUAGAUCCAAAUGUUGAACCGGUUAAAGUAACGAAAUUAGCAAUUGGUGUUGAAGGUGGUUUUGAUGCAAAUCAAUCAAAUCGAUUUACAUUUGAAGAACAAUAUGAAAUUUAUAUACAUCCAAAUGAGACUAUUCAUUAUCCAGAUGAGACAAAUCAAUUACCGGAAUUGGUUAAACGAUCAGCUGAUGCUAUUAUAGCUGCUGACUCAGCUUUUUUAAAAGAAGAACGUUCACUUAUGAAUGUAACAUGGAAUGGUGACAUACGUCCAAUAACAAAACAUACUGCAACAUUACAACAAUUAAAUAAUAAUCGACAAAUUCCACCAAAUGGAUGGAAAUGUGAUCAAUGUGAUUUAAAAGAUAAUUUAUGGCUUAAUCUCACUGAUGGAGCUAUUUUAUGUGGACGAAAAUUUUUUGAUGGUACUGGUGGAAAUAAUCAUGCGUCUGAAUAUUAUCAUAAAACAAAAUAUCCAUUAGCUGUCAAACUUGGAACAAUAACGGCGAAAGGUGCUGAUGUUUAUUCUUAUGAUGAAGAUGAUAUGGUUGAAGAUCCAAAUCUUGCUAUUCACUUAGGACAUUGGGGAAUUAAUAUGUUGAAAAUGGAAAAGAGUGAUAGAUCAAUGGCUGAUUUAGAAAUUGAAUUAAAUCAAAAAUAUGGUGAAGCAUCUAUGAUUGAAGAAGCAAAUUCAAAAUUACAACCUGUUUAUGGUCCAGGUUAUACUGGAAUGAGAAAUUUAGGAAAUUCAUGUUACAUGAAUUCAGUCGCACAAGUUUUAUUUACUUUAGAUGAUUUUCAAGAAAAAUAUUAUAAAAAUUGUAAUUUUUAUUUUGAUAAAGCGAAAGAUCCCGUCAAUGAUUUUAAUGCACAAACAGCUAAAUUAGCUUUUGGUCUUUUAUCUGGUCAAUAUUCAAAAGAAAUUUCAAUGAGUGGUGAUUCAUCAUUACAAGCACCAUCAGGUAUUCGUCCACAAAUGUUUCGUUCAUUAAUUGGUCGUAAUCAUCCUGAUUUUGGUACUAAACAACAACAAGAUGCUGCUGAAUUUCUUCAAUAUUAUAUUGAACAAGUACAUAAUCAUUGUCUAAAAGAUUCAACAGCAGAUCCAUCACUUGAUCCAAGUACUUGCUUUCAAUUUGAACUUGAAGAACGUAUUUAUUGUCCGGAAAUAAAUCAAGUUCGAUAUUUAACUCGUAAUGAAACAAUGUUAAGAUUAGGUGUACCAAUAGAAGCUUCAAAAAAUAUGCAUGAAGUACUUCAAUUUAAUAAAACAAAAGAAGAUAUGGAAAAAGAAGGAAAAAAAACAAAUGAUUUACCAAUUGUACGUCCAAUUAUUCCACUUACGGAAGCAAUUUCACAGUGGGCUGCACCGGAAGAUAUUGUUGAUUAUAUCUUACCACGACAUGGACGUCGAACAACAAUUAGAAAAACUCAAAGAUUUAUAACAUAUCCUGAUUAUCUUUUUGUUCAAUUAAAAAAAUAUACAUUUAAUCCAGAUUGGACACCAAAAAAACUUGAUGUAUCAAUGGAAAUACCUGAUGAAAUUGAUCUUAAUUCAUUACGUGCAACAGGAUUUCAACAUGGUGAAACAUUAAUGCCCGAUGGCGAUAUCUCAACAGGACAAUCAUCAGCUUCAACAUCGAAUAUUCAUGUUAAUGAAGUUCUUUUACAACAACUUAUUGAUAUGGGUUUUUCGACUGAAGGUUGUAAACGUGCAUUAAUCAAUACCGGUAAUAAUGAUAUUGAAGCAGCUAUGAAUUGGGUAUUUGAACAUCAAUCAGAUCCAGAUUUUGAUACACCUUAUGAAGCACCGAUGAAAAGAGCUCGUGUUGAACAAGUUCAAUCACCACCCGUUGAUGAAGAAAGUAUUGGUAUAAUUAUGUCAAUGGGUUUUUCACGUAAUCAUGCUCUUCAUGCAUUAUCAUUAUCAAAUAAUAAUGUUGAAGCAGCUGUUGAUUGGGCACUUAAUACACCUGAAGGUAGUUCUGCUUUGGCUGCAUUAGUUGAAUCAUCACCUCAAUCACCACCUUUACAACAAACUAAAACACAUUAUCGUGAUGGUACUGGUAAAUAUCGUCUUAUUGCAUUUAUUUCACAUAUUGGCAAUCAUCCAUCAUGUGGUCAUUAUGUCGCACAUAUACGUAAAGAUGGUCGUUGGAUUAUAUUUAAUGAUGAACAUGUUGCAUUAUCUGAACAUCCACCAAAAGAUUUAGCUUAUCUUUAUUUAUAUAAACGUGAAACGAUUUAA